AUGGUGGACCAAGUCGACACUCAAGCAUCUGCUACUCCAAUUAACAUGCUGCUAGGGAAGCCCAUAUUAUUGGCACGGGUUGUAUCCUAUGUGGGUUCAGUUGAUACACGAGUGCUCGUGUUCUUGAGCCGGAUUUGGGCAAGAGAAAUGAUGAAGCCAUUGGUGUGGGAAAUUUCGGCUGGUGUUCCGUACGAGCCAUUGUUAAUCAAUUGCUUCCGUCGUGCUGCUAGCUACUGCUAUCGUGAGGUGGACGCACCCUCCCCUAAUGUGAACCGACGAGGAUCGCCUCCUGCCAUUCGAGCCUGCUUGUUGAAUGAGCGCACGUCCAUGCGAGAAUAUGUACACGAUCUAAAGCUUAUUACGGCGGAAAACGAGUGGUUUGACAAAAGACCUCGUUCAUUCGACUUUAAUGAUGUGACCGAACUGAAAAACGAGAUGCACAAGAAUUCUCGAAUAGUGUUUGAGAAUCCUGUACUACUGAAAAACCGAUUCAGUCGAAAUCAAGAUACACGAUUAGUUUCGGGCGCUGUUGAUCACGAGCGUGCACAUUUUUAUUUGUGGUCACUGGAGAAGCAGCAACUACGCACUUCUAUGAUGCAAACCAAUGCGUCGUGUUAUGACGUUUGUGACGAAGCCCUAGCUGUUGGCUGCACCGACGGCGCGGUCAAGAUUUGGAGCUUUACGUCGCUAGAAAGUCGGAACCUUGACACAACGCCGUUGGUGAAUGCUUCACCCACUACAUCACUCUCCCACCGCUCCAGUUUAGGAAUGGUCCCCUUCAUUAGAACACGCGCCAAGGACAAGGUGGUGAAGGUCCGAAUUGACCACAAUGAUGGCACUUUCCUUCAUUUGGCGACGUCGACUGAAAAGGGAGAAGCGAAUGUUUGGGAUGUCACGAAAGGAGAAGUCAUAGUGUCUAUCCCGUCUAGUAAAAUUCACAAGUCGAUGUUGCCACGAUCACAGAGAGAAACAUGCCCGCAGAUUACAAGUUUAAUGCUGCUUCGUAAUACGCUAGUAUGCGGCACAUCAUGCGGUCUCAUUCGUGUCUUUGAUUUGCGCAGCUGUCGACUCACACACCGACUCGCUGGGCACCCGGGUGCUGUUAUCAAUGCCGACACUAAAGGACGAGUGUUGUGGUCAGCUGGUACUGAGGGUACCGUUCGCUGGUGGGGUGGAAAAAGCGCAAAGAUAUUGGCAAAAUCUGCCUUGUGCGAAGGUACAAUCUCUGCCCUUGAGAUGGAUGAGACUGUAGUCGUGGCAGGCUACUCAGAUCAGGGUAUGGAAGCGUGGGACGUGCGAACUCAACAAUCGCUCUGUACAUUUAGCAACCACGAACACGGGGGUGUCAAAGCGCUUCAAUUUGACAACCGUAAGCUUGUUAGUGUGUCAUCAACUGGCAAGGCAGCGCUGUGGAGAUGGUAUGAGCCGAAUCCUAUGCGAUGGUUUAAACCUCCAUACCCGUCCGCACGCUUCGUCUCGACAAAGUUUAAUGAUCGGCACCUUGUGUUCGGUACCGAUUGCGGAGAGCUUGUGGAUUAUGACCGACUCGCUACGGUUGUGUAG